AUGAUCAAGUCGAUCGGCCGAGUUAUGGUACUCAUCUAUGCAUUGAGAGCUGUAGAAGCUCAGACGAUCGGCAAGUGUAGUCCGCCAGUGCUGGUCAACUCAACUGCUGGGGUCAUUGAGGUGAAAGUCGAUCCCAUACCAACAGGAUCCCCCACGGCUUGCCGCAUCUAUCAAGACGACUGUGCCGGAGGGAGCGCCUUCACGAUGAUCCUCGAUGCGCCUUGUGGGAACACCGUCACGUCUACUGGUCUCACCUCUGACGUCACCUGCCGCUACUACUGCGAGGGCACCGCCUCUGGGGGCAGUGUAGUUGGCGAGGCCUCUGACAUUGUCACCUAUGCAGCUGCCGGGUUGCCAGUGUGGACGGUCCAGAACACCGUGUUUACGAAAUACGAUUAUGACUGUAUUAAACUGUCUUGGUCGGCUCCGGAUCCUCAAGGGUCACCAAUAACUUGCUAUUCGGUGACCCGAGACAUGGACGCUGAUGGCAACUUUAUAGUGGUCUUGCCGUGUGUGGCGAACCCCAACCUUUACUCUCAAGUAUUCUGCGGUCUAUCGAGCCCGAUAUCAUAUCGCUUUCGCGUCUAUGCCACUAAUAGAGUCGGUACCAGCAUCAUCCCAUCGGAGGUGACUGUGAUGUUGAAGAACGUCUUUGCCGUGCCUGAGAGUACCGUCAUGUCCUAUGCGAAUGUGGUCCAAGCCGGCAUCAGCAAUCAGGUGGUAGUGCAAGCGGUGGACCCCCUGUCUGGUGCCAAUGAGCUCACGGGCUUCUCGGGUACUCAGUAUGGGAGCCGCCUCUUCGUGUUACGGUUGUUGAACCCGAGUAAGCUGGAUGAAGUCACAAAAACCAUUGAAGCUCAGUACUGGGAUAAUCAGUGGCUCUAUGGUGUGCCUCAUGAGACCAAACAGCAGCCAGAUAUGAUACUUGACUGGGAGAGAGGCGACCUUACGGGCUAUGCCGCGGACUUUGUAUCAGUUCGGUGGACUGGAUUUAUCCAGGCGGAGUUCUCAGAGGACUACACCUUCUAUGUUGAUGCUGAUGAUAACGCCAGGUUGUGGGUAGAUGAUGUGCUCCUAUUCGACAAGUGGAAUAUCUGUUGUGGUGGCUUUUGGGGUAAAGCCGUCCUCACAGCUGGCGGCUACCAUUACAUUAGACUAGAGUACCGAGAGCUCACUGGAGAGGCUCAUAUGAAGCUGUAUUGGAGUUCCUUUUCCCAAGUCAAGGAGCCUAUACCGUCCUCUAGAAUGUUCCGGGCCCCUGUGAUCACGGGCAUGCCUAUCGCGAUCGAGGUUACGGUCGGCGAUCUGCUCCCUCGCAACUGCUUUGCCUACGGGGAUCAACUCACUGAGACGACCGCUGGCUUCCCGAGUGUGUUCUAUAUCCAAGCUCAAGAUACUGAGGGCAAUAAUAUGACCGAUUCUAAUGGGGCGGUCUUUGUGGUGGAUUUGGUUGACAGUGGGAGCACCAUUUCGGUGGUCUCGACUCCCCUGGAUGAAUCUGUGGGUCUUUACGCAGUUCAUUAUCUUCUGACCAAGGUCGGUACCUAUACAGUGACGAUCAAGUCGAGCGGUGUGGAGAUAGGCAAUUCGGGAGGUGCCUUGGUCGUGUCCCCCGGACCACCUGCAGCCUCUACGACGGUGGUCAGUGACGGUCUGGCUGGGCCCAUAGACUUCAUGGCAGGUGUGCCUAAAGUUGUUAGACUCACGGUCAAGGAUGUGUACGGCAACCUCGUGGUGGACCGAUCUCAGGAGUCCAGCUUCAGUUUGAGUCUGAACUGUGAAUGGAAGAACUACUCAGUGACGAGCUCAUUGACACUACUGGACGACACGCCGCAGUUGACCGCUGACUUUGGUCGUUAUUUUCAACUUUCUUUGCCGGCUCGGGCAACUACGACUGCGGGAGUAUACGAGCUCACAUUCACCAGUUUACGAGCGGGAAAUAACAGACUUCACGUGCGACUCGACGGCGAGCAUAUUCUGGGUUCCCCAUACGACAUCGUGGGAGAGGCCAAUUCGGCGUCACCGUUUGGACCGACCAGUGUGCUGCAAUCGGUGGACCCGCCGAGCACGGUUCAGGCCGGAGUGUCUGUCAACGUCAUGUUGCAGCUGAGAGAUACCUUCGGGAACAUCAUAACACAGCCUAAGGCAGGGGUGGGAGUAACCGUGUCCAUUGGCCCAGCGCCUUACGACUAUGGUCUUUGUCUUCACGAGCUCUCCGGUGCUUUCCGUUGCAUUAUAACACCGCGGUUGGCUGGUAGCGGUAGGUUCCUCUCGGUAAGGGUCGAUAAAAUUGACGUGUCCCGGCAGCAAGCGCUCAACACGAGCGCUCAGCUCGUCCAGGGACCAUUCCAGGUUGAGGUUCUCCCUGGUAGUGUGGACCCGAAAAACUGCGAGUUAUUUUACGUGAAGAAAAUGUAUGUCGCGGGGACGUACGAACCGGCGUUGCUGGUCUUGCGAGAUAAUUAUACCAAUAAUCUACUUAACGGUACGGCCAGUGUUGCGGCGAGCCUGAACGGUCAAAGCCUCAACUCCAGCUCCAAUGGCAAUGGGACGUACACGGUGAUGUUGGGUGCUCCGACAAUCGGUCGCCGAGUACUGCUCGUUGUUACUGUGAAUGGUCAGGAGAUCAUGAACUCGGCAAACCUAACGGUGGCAGGAGUGAAUAUUGUACCGGCGUUCGCGAAUCAAAACGGCACUCAGUGCGACAUUCCGCAGACUUACAUUGCUGGUGAAUGGUCAGUCUGGAAGUGCUACCCGAGGGACUUCUGGAGGAACCAUAUUAACGCGACUGAUGUCCAUCUCAUUGCGGAGUAUUCUCCCCUUUUUGCUACCACUACCCCUGCUCUUCGCUUGAAUGGUUCAUACGAGACGACUAGGUCGGGAGACUAUGUGUUCAAUACGACUCUGGAGGCGGCAGGCUCUUACAGCAUAGUGGUGGACUUAGGCCAACCAGGGGGUCUGCUAGGGGAAUACUUCCGCACAACUGGGCUGCAAUCACUGGUCGCGUUGACCAGUGAUCGGCGUCAUUACAAUGACCAGGUGUUCCCAUACACUAGGCAGGAGGUGGUCGACCUAGCUUGGGAAGGGGUCGCGCCAUAUGAUGAUAUGCCCCGAGACUACUGGAGUGCUCGAUGGACAGGGUGGCUGCUACCGAAUGCUACGGGUACGUUCAAGAUCUAUGUUGAUGCUGAUUACGCUGCAAGGCUGAAGGUCAAUCAUGUGACACUGGUUGAUAAAUGGGAGUUGGCCGACAUCGACGGACUAGCGGUCUACGCCUGGGGAAGUAUCUAUUUGACGGAGAACGAACCGGUGCCUGUGGAGUUGCUGUACCAGCAUAGUACCAGUGGUGCAUUUGUUACCUUGUCGUGGUCCGGCGUGGACUUUCCGAAGCAUCCUAUACCUGCCAAGUAUCUCCUGGGUCCCCUCAAUGUCUUGGCUACGGACCAGCGCACAGUGGUUGUGGCUCCAGGCCUGGCCUGGGCUAACAGCACUGCCGCUGGGGCGGGCCUGUCUCAAAUGACUGCGGGGAUGAUCAAUACCUUCACGAUGCAAACGAUUGAUAAAUUCGGCAAUACGAGGUCAACAGCGGAUGACCCAGUUCAAGCUGAGUGUUGGAACACUAGUGUUGUCAAUGAGCUCGCUACUUGUCGCUUCCGCGUCUUCGUUGAGGAGACCGGAAGCAGCGCGAAUUUCGUCUAUGGUAAUUUCACAUACUCCUCUGGGGGGCGUUACGUGGUAUCGAUGAGUCCGAGGAUAGCUGGACAAUGGAAUAUGAGGGUACAGGUGUGGGUUGACCAGGAGAGGUGGGAGGAUAUUGUCGACUCGCCAUUCAGUGUCGUGGUAUCUCCCAGUGCUGUGGUGGGCUCGAACACGCUGAUAGAAGGCUCAGCUCAGACAGAGUGCUUUGCUGGGCGGGAGGCCUGCUUUAAUGUCACCAUGCGAGACAGUGUUUUGAACAACGUCUACGGCUUCAUAGCGGAGGGAGCUGAGGACGUUGAGGAGGAUCCACCCACGACCAAUCUAGGCCCAAUGACCAAAUACUGGGGACUCGGCAUGUGGCAGUAUUGCUACGUUCAGACUACGGCGACACAGGUAUGGACGGGGCUGAUAGUGAUGGUCAGAGGCACUAAUAUUUCUUUGAACAUAACAGUGAAGGCUGCACCCAUCGAGCCGUGGUUGAAGCUGAACUACGAUUUCAAUAAGAAUCUUUCUCUUCACGGGACAGCGUCAAGUGGUUUGAGUAGAGUGCAAGCCAACGUGUCGUAUAAUAUCACUCUGACGGCCCGGGACGAAUUUGAUAAUAUUGUCACUGGGGACCCGACAAUAGAUGUUGCCUGUUUCGCCGAGGGAACGCAAAGGAUCGACCUGAACUCGGCGCCGAGGGUGGACGUCGAAGGGCUCGUCCCGAGUCGAGAGCCCUUGUUUGUUCAUCAGACAGGUGACAACGUUUGGCAGUUGAUGUCGAGGUAUCCUGAUAGCGGCACUUGGCAGGUCAGAUGUUUUGUUGCUAAACAGGGAGGCCUGAAUGCUAAGUAUUGGCCGACAAAGGGUUGGGCUGGAUACCCCACGGGCGAGUUCGUAGAGCCGUCGAUGUGUCUUGAAUGGGGCAAGGGUACGGUGGGUCCUUCACAGAGACUGGACGAUGUUAGUAUGCAAUGGGAUGGCUAUCUACGGGUUGAAUACGCGUGCAAUUAUACACUGCACGUUGAGGUCGAUGAAGCCGCCUAUAUUUGGCUUGGAGAUCGGCUGAUACUGCGGGUGGAGAGUGCCGGAAGCUACGAGGUCUCUCAAGUAUCCAUGGUACCAGGAAGAAUGGUCCCGAUACAGAUCUCAUAUUGGGAUGGAGACGGAGUGGCCCGUUUCUGUCUCUCGUGGAGUUGUCCGGCCUUGGGUGUUGCGAAGCAUGCGAUCCCGACUACCAGUCUGUUCCACUCGGGCAUGGAAUUGGAUGGUCUAAAUCCUAGCGAACAGGUGACGGUGUACAAGCCGCCUGCACUGGUGAGUGCCUUCUACAGGGCCAGCCCGUUCAAUACGAGCGUCGCUAUACUUGUCUGGGAGCCCCCCUUUGAUUAUGGGAAUGACGCUAUAGUGAGCUACGCUCUAGAGAGAAGAGAAGAUGCCGUAGGAACAUGGACGACGCUGAACUCAACUCUGACGGCUGAUACGCUAUCUUACGAACAGACCGCGCUGAACAACAGCGUGCCAUACUCCUACCGACUCGCAGCCUCGAAUACCUUAUUAGGGUCAUCUCGGGAAAUUUCUGUAUUUCCAUGCAUGCUUCCUGGUACACCGCCGACACCAGUGCUCACUGCAGCGUCCAGCGUUGAUACGACUGGGAGCUUAACAGUCUUGUUGUUGGCUCCGAUGACGACCGGUUGUGGCUCGACAACGUUGCCCCCAACUAUUGGGUAUACGUUGGCGUGGAAUGAUGGUUUAGGAGGUAGCGUACUACGAAAUGCGGUAUUUCAAGCUACCAGUGCGAAUUCGACGAUGGUGCGGAUCGACAAUCUCAUCUACGGAAGGGUUUAUAAAUUUUCCCAGACUUGGUUCACUCGUGUUGGCGAGUCGGAACCCUCAAGUGUUGCCGAAUUUACAUGCUGCGACUGGCUGACACCAGGCCAAGUGCUGAACGUUCGGCGAGAUUUCUCGGCUGUCCAAGCGAGUGACACAAUAGCGAUCACGUGGGAUCCACCGACUGAGGUCGGCAGCUCGCCUCUGGAACGCUAUAGGGUCUAUUACUCCCCUGGUAGCUAUGAAAGCUCUAAUGACACGUUAAACGCGAGCACAACGUCGUUGUCAAUAUCGGGUCCGUUUGUUGAGAAUGAUUCGCCCAACGAUGUUUGGAGGUUUCAAGUUGUAGCGAUCAAUGCAGCUGGAGAAGGGCCGAGAAGUGAUCGCAUUACACUGCUGGCUACCGCUCAACCGACUGCGCCUGUGGAACCGGAGCUGGGUUGGGUAGCGAGCAGCUCUAGUACGAGUAUAGUGCUGAGAUGGGAUGCUCCGGCCAACACGCUCGUGUCUGGCUAUAGGGUAUGGAUGAAUAGCGGAAACAAUACACCUGUGGAUACGCUGGUCUACGACGGUCAGGGUCAGAGCUCAGUUUUCACCUUCGAGUACGCCCCGUUGCAGGCAGAUGCUGAGGAGGUGGUUGCUCUGACGUCUGGCGAUUUGUACACGUUCCGCGUUCAAGCUCUGAACCAGGCUGGUGAUGGUCCAAUGUCUGAAGACAUCAUAGUUUAUGCUGCUAGCAGACCAGGAAGACCAGGGCGACCGCGGAAGGGUAUCAGCAGUGCGGGGUCCAUCUUGGUUGAAUGGGAUGCUGUUACUGAUGAUGGUGGGAAGGCUAGUAAUUUACGGUACACUCUAGAGCGGUCCCAGAUGGGAGGAGCCUGGACAACAGUGGCGACUGACUUGACUGGUCUCUCUUAUACGGACACGGCGGGCAUCAGCUCCUACGAGGUCUAUCGAUAUCGUGUAUACGCGGAUAAUGGCGUUACGGUGGGGUCAGUGGCGUAUAGCCAAGAAAGUGAUCUCAUGGCUGGCUCGCCCAACGCGGCACCAAAUGCGUCUUUUGUGGGCAGUACUGAGAGUUCCAUCUCGAUCUCGUGGACGAUGCCGAGUUCGCCACCGACUGUUACUGGCUAUAGAGUGUACGUCAACUCUCUGCUCGCGUAUGAUGCGACGGACAAUGCGGCGACAGUGGAGUACACGUUAACGAACUGCACGCUGGGUGAGUGGUACGAUAUGCGCGUUACAGCUCUGUCUGAUGCGGGCGAGAGCGAACAGUCCACGAACUGUUGCGUCAAGCCUUGCGGUAGGCGACCUAAUCGACCCGAUCCACCCGAACUCGUGAGUAGCAAUAUGACUGCUAUUACUCUGAGAUGGUCUGCACCGGGAGACUUGGUCGGGUUGCCCAUCACGGGAUAUGUGGUCCAGCGAGCAGUAGCCGGUUCCUCCUCGUUCACGAAUAUCGCGGCCAUGUACGCCAAUAUUCUGGAGUACACUGACACUACAGGGUUGGUGACAGGAAAUGGGUACCGUUAUCGUGUUUAUGCUAAGAACGCAGUCAAUGACCUCACUGCGUGCAAUACGGCCGAGUACAGCGAUUGUGAUGGAGAUGCCUCCGGACAUCGGACGCUGUACGCAUGCGCACCGCCAAGUCCACCUAGCAAUGUUUCGAGGACUGUACCAGCGUGGAGUCCGUCCGUGAUAGGCAUUAGUUGGUUCCCUAUACUCAACCUAGUGGAUAGCAGAGGAUGCCCCAUUACGGGAUAUAGAGUGUAUGCCAAUCAUGGCUUAGACGGCUUACCACUGCAUGUUGUGUAUGACGGGGCGAACAGAGCUAGCGUGCUGGAGUACAACUUGACAGACCUGAUUCCUGGGCGCUAUUACUGGGUUGCUGUAGCCGCGAUAACAGUGGCAGGCGAAGGAGCGAUGACUCCCCGCGUGGCCGUCUAUGUUGGGGUUCCUCAUGGAAAACCUGUGAUGUGGGAGUUGGAGCAUGACGAUGCUCUAAUGGGAAGCAGCUCGGCCGUCAGCGUUAAGUCUUGCACCGUCGUUGAUCCUUCCUAUGUGAUCAGCGGCCUCGUCCCUGGGCAAUACUAUCGUGUCCGGGUUCGGGCCCAUGGUGUUUGUUCACAGAACAGUACGCUAGCCAGCUAUCCUUGUCCGCUCGCUUGCACCACGCCGGGGGAAUGGUCCGAUAUUGGGACCUUCGUGACGGGAAGACUUCCUGAGGACUUCACGAUACAGGUCAUGAGCCACCUCAGCACGAUUACGAGUUUGACGGUUGGUUGGAUAUCCUGUACCAUCGGUAACACGACGACAUGCGUCUCCUCGGCGGAUCUUCCACUGACGGGCUUCACAGCAUUCCGCGACGAUUGCAAUGGUGGUGAUGUCGAUGUCCCUGUUAAUACAGCGAUACUGGCGACAGCGACUUCUUAUGAGUACACUGGUCUCACGACUGGCGCUAGGUACCAGACCAUCGCGGUGAACAGCGAGGGGGUGGAGUCGCCGCGGUCGGCGGUAGCCACUCUGAUAGCGGCUAGUCCACCUGGGAAGCCAGACUCAGUAAAGGUGGUGUACCACAGUCGUAGUGCUCUACACGUGGUGUGGCAACAGCCCGCGUAUACUGGAGGCAGCGAUAUCUUCAAGUUCACACUUUACAUGGAUGAUGGUCUCGGUGGCAGUCGGGUGGUCGUUUAUGAAGGUCCGACGACCUACAAAGAGUUCACCGGCUUAGAAUCUGGUCUACAGUACGCGUUUCAAGUUAGCGCCACUAAUGUGGUCGGAGAGGGCGAGCUCAGCGAGGUGGCCAUCUUUAAGACCGUGGCCGAUCCUGGUCCCCCAGGUAAGCCGUUUGUUUUGUCUACGGACUGUGCUUUGGAGACGCUGGAGCUCGGCUGGGCUCCACCGGAGGAUGAUGGCGGGUGCGAGAUAGAGAAAUAUGCUGUCUACGAGUACUCUACUCAGCUGGUUGAGCUUGCGGGCUCAGCGACUACAGCGUUGACUACCUCUGUCACUAUCACUGGUAGAAAUUGCACGUCUGCUGGAGGCCCAUGGCUUUUCAUGGUCCGGGCCAAGAACUGUGAAGACUGGUCUGUUAAUAGUCUAGCCCUCUAUACGCGAAAUGCGGACCUUCCUGGUCCGGUCGAGGGCCUUAGUGCAGAGAUCAUGGACGUUGGGACUAUCCGGUACAUUUGGACGGCCCUAGACUGGACAGUUGCUGGUGUUGGCAGCGAGGCUGUUGAGGUGUUCAAGGGGUAUGAGCUGUGGGGUGAUGAUGGUCUUGGAGGGCCGUUCAAUCUGGUCUAUAAUGGCUUCAAUAAGCCUAAUACCAGAUAUUACCUCAGAACUGGUCUCGUGCUGGGCCGGACCUACAGGGCCUACGUCUUGGGCGUUAACAUAGUCGGCAAGUCCUCGGCCGAGGUGAGCAAUAAGACCAUCCUGUACACUCUUAUGGCGUAUCGACCAUCGCCGCCGGUCAAUGUGACUACUUAUUAUCAUACUAAUACCUGUGUGGCUGUGACGUGGGACCCUAGUAGUGAUGAUGGCGGUAGUCCCAUGAACUACUAUCAGCUCAACUACGCUGCUGAGGCUUUGAACGUUACUUGGACGGAUGCGUCGAUGCCCUAUGGGGCUAAUUGGCUUAACACCACAGUGUGUGGUCUUUCUGAAGGGGUCACCUACCAGUUCAGGGUCCGAGGCGUCAAUUUGGUCAACAUCACGGGAGAGUGGAGUGCAUUGGUAUCUCGACUCGUGGGAAAGCCCCCGAUCGCUGCCCCUUUGAACUUACGGAGGAGGUCCUCGACCAUGGAGAGCAUCGUGUGGGAAUGGGACGCGUUGUCGAGUGUCUAUUAUGGUGGUGCGAGCAUGGUCUCAUACCAACUCUUUGUGAACAAAGGCUACAAUGAUGAACCUACUCUGGUCUUUGACGGCUCCCUGUCCCCUAAUACCAGGACCUACAACAGCACUGCCUUGGUGUGCGGUUUGGUGUACAAGGCGCAGGUGGCAGCUCAGAGUAGCAUAGGUGUCGGUCCUGAAAGCCCUAGUGUGUCUGUCCAACUAGCUGUACCACCAGGGCCUCCACAGGGGCUGGUCCUGGUCAGCAGUUCUGCUGACCAUAUCAAAGUGGCCUGGGAGGCUCCUGUUGAUACCGGUUGUGCUGGGAUUGAGCACUACAAGGUCGAGCGGGACUGUGGCAGUGGGUUCACCGUCCUCAACUCGACGUGGUCCAGUGUGUUUUAUAACGAUUCGGCGGUGCCCGGCGUGUCAGGGUCACAGUGUGUGUACCGUAUAGCAGCCCGGAACCAGGCCUUGACAGACUGGGGUCCCUACAGUACCUACGUUAGUGGGUUCACAGCCACUGUCCCUGGUAUGCCGACCGGCGUGGGAGUGACCGCAACGGGAAGGACCACGUGCAGCCUGAAGUGGACCGCCCCUUCUUAUGACGGAGGGUCUGCUGUGAUGAACUACGAUGUCUAUAUUGAUGAUGGUCACGUUGGCAGCUUCGGGCGAGCGCAGUUGGAAUCCGGCCUGGUCACGAUCAUCACAGGCUUGAGUCAAGGCUUGAGCUAUCGUAUCAAAGUUGCGGCUGUGAAUGUUGUCGGUACUGGUAACUUUACAGUGCCCAUCUCCUGUGUGGCCGCCGACCUGGCUGGGCCUCCGCUGAACUUGAAGGGCACCAGCGCGGGGGAUGGGAUGGUCAGGGUAGAGUGGGAACAGCCUGUCGAUGAUGGUGGGGCCUACCUGCUGGGGUACAGGGUCAUUGUCAAUGGUACCUGUACGAUUUAUAGUAGCAUUAUUGAUCCGGCUACUACGGUGGUCCUUCUACCAUGUGAAGAGGGCGUGUUGUACAAGCUCACCGCGACGGCCUAUACCCAGGUUGGGUGGGGGGCCAACUCCACGGCUGUGGACUUCAUCUGUGUUGAGCCCCCGGGGGCCCCGACUGGCCUUGGGCUCAACUACAACGAGGAGAUGGGGGCAUUGGAUGUGAGGGACCUACGCAGUCGUGGGCUGAUGAGUCUGCAUUGGGAGGAGGCUGUGAGGGCCAGCUCUUACAGGCUGUACAUUGACGAUGGCAGUCUGGGUGGGGAGUUCGCCUUGGCUUAUGAGGGGACAGAAUCGGCCUAUGCCGCGACGGGCCUGCAGGAUGGCAGCUACUAUCGAUGGAAGGUCGGUGCUGUUAAUGGUGGUGGCCAGGGGCCUAACUCGACAGCCUUCACAGCUCUGAUGCGAUGUGUACCAGUGGCUCCUUUAGCGGCUCCGACCAAGACUGCGGGUAGCCCGUGGACACUGGACAUUACGUGGCCACCAGUAAGCGACGAUUGCGGCUCGGCCGUGUUGGGUUACCGAGUGUAUCGCGAUGCGCAACUAGUCUAUCCUAUCAGCAACGCCUUCGAGAGAUCUCCUGUUUUUGCUGGCCUGAUUAGCUCCCACACUGUCUCUCUGGACAUUAUUCCUGCUGAGGACGGCUUUGUAUGGUUGCAGCUGAGCACAGCAGCUCAGGACACACUGACGGCCUUUGAUGUCGUCUACGGUCGAAACAAACAUCCAACUUGGCCGCAGGAGUCCUGCAGAGUUUCAAAGCGACAGUUGACCGGCGGCCAGGUCACUCGUUUAACAGUUCAUCAGUGUGGGAUGAAGCCUGGAGAGCAGUACUGGGCCCAUGUCUAUCUCGAGGGCAUGGACGGUGGGGACGGCGAUGGGGCCUUAUGGAGUGGCAUCCCUGUGCCGGUCCCUAUGAGGAUCUCGAGCCACUUCUGGGAAGAGCCCAGGAUUGUCAGUGUUACCACGAACAGUGUGGAGGUCCGGUUUGGGGCCAGUGCUGGUAGCGGCCGAGCCUGGAUGCAGGUGGUGUCCGAGCAUGACAUGCUCUAUGUCAACGCUACUGCUGCGAAGGUUGGUUACAAACGACAUGGUCAGUGUGGGACGACGGAGGACGGCAUUUGGGUGGUUCAGAAUGUGACCAACAAGAUUAUCACGAACUGCAAUUUGAAUGGGUCGGCAACUUAUGUUCUCUUCGUGUACAUCGAGGACGUUCUGGGCCGCAACGACGGUAGCUUGAGUGGUCCUCUGAAGUUCACAGCACCAGCUAGUAACGAUUUUGAAACAAGUCGCUAUCGUGGUCCGAGGGUCUACUCUACGCCGCGGUCCGACUUGGUCCAGUUGGCAUUUACCCCGACCACUACGGGGAAGUACUGGGUCUCGGUCGUCAAUGGUGGGGACGUUGGUAGUCUCAAGACCAUAGGCAGUAUUAAACUGUUACAAGACGCCUUGUGUGGGCUCACCGGUCAGGCAGUCAAUGCGGCUGUUGAUGUUAUAGUGACGUUGAGAAGCUGUGGUUUGUCGGCAGGAGUGGCCUACUGGGCCGCAGUGUAUGUGGAGGAUGGUCGGGGCUAUGGUGAUGGGACUCUGUCGAGGCCUAUGUCACUUCGUAUUAUGUCGGGAAACACGUCCAACUACUUUUUGGUCAACCCGAAUAUUAUAAACUUUCCCACGGUUGCUCGGAUCGAACUGAAUUACACAACGGCGACUAAUGGGAGAUUGUGGGCGGCGGUGAUCCCGGAAGAAUCUUCGACGUGCGUGUCAUUGGACCAGGUGAAGCGACAAGAACUUGGCCCACAGGAGCCGGUUGAGUGCGGUGUGGUCGGGUUGGUGGUCUCUGGCGGAACCACUAGUGUGCUCACUAUCACAGGCUGUUCGUUGGCUCGAGGCAACAGAUAUGCAGUCUUUGUGUAUGUUGAGGAUUUUCUCGACUUGGGUGACGGUACCGUGUCACCGUCAGUGACGUUCGUCCUUGGCCCUUCCAAUACGUUCGUGUCGUUGCCGUACCUCCACAACCCUCCGACCGAGCGGGAACUGCGGCUGAGCUUUCAGGCCAACGCUACGACUGGUUUUAUGUACGCGUCUGUGGUGAAUAGAGUAGACAGCUCAGCCGUCAGUGUUGAUACUGUCAAGGCUGGGACCUUGGCCGUGGGCGGUCCGGGCUGUCGGUACCAUAACAUGACCAUCGAUACCACUCUCUUAUAUGUUAUAUUCAACUGCAGUCUUGAGAGAGGCAAAGCAUACGACCUCUUCGUGUAUGUCGAGGACGCCUAUGGUCUGUCGGACGGGACGCUGGCCUCGGCGGUCGAAGUGGUCGUGCCGGAGGCGUCGUUCGGUUUCGUCGUUGGUCCGAUGGUCUCGAGCUCAGCAACGCGUGAUGGUGUCACGGUGAGGUUCACAGCUGCUCCCACUGAUCCAGUGUGGUUAAGGGGAGGUGGUCCUGACCUCGAAGCAUGGACUGGUCAGGCAUGGAUAUCGAUCAUUCGGGCGAGCGCGGUGGGUUUGGUGUCCAUAUCUAAUGUGAAGAAUGCUACAUAUGGUGUUGGUCAUGGUACGGAAUGCAGGCGGAGCGGAGUUUUGGUGACGAAUUUGACUGAGGUUACGCUGACCAGCUGCUCAUUGGAACAUUCGGCCGAGUACGUCGCGAGCGUUUACGUGGAAUCGCAGGAUGGACUCUACGACGGUCGGCUGGCCUUCACGGAACCGUUCACGGUGGUGGCUGGUACGUCCAACAAGUUUGCUCACCGUCCAGUGGUGGUGACACCAGUAACCACGAGCGGGUUUGGGUUCAGCUUCAGAGCCGAGUCGGUUGGGCUGUAUUGGGCCAUGGUCCGGGAGUACACUGCAGGUGUGCCGACGAUCGCUGAUGUUAUGGCUGGCGUGGGGGCGACUGGAGGCAUGGGGUGCCGUAUUGUGGGAGGGGUGACCUCGGCUGAUAACGAGACGGCUUAUCUGACGGCUUGCCAGAUGGUUCGGGACCAGGACUAUACCCUGUAUGUGUACGUUGCGAGCGCUGACGGGUACGGUGAUGGUUCCCUGUGGUUGCCGGGAGUACACUUCCGCACGCCGCAGUCCAACAGCUUCCUCAGACCGCCAGGUCCGUACAUCUGGCCGAGUCCACCGGCUAAUACCACAGUGACGGUAGAGGGGAUCGCCACGGUCGAGUCGGGCUUGUUGUGGAUGGUCGUGACCCUCAGGGAGGACCGGGACUUGAUCACCCCUGCUACUAUCAAGGCGGUACCACCACUGUAUUCGGCCGGCUGCUAUAGUCAGAGCGUGAGCGUCACGGCGGGGACCAACCUCAGUGGUGGUCUCAACGUUCUCAGUGGGUGUGGUCUGUGGUCGGGCGAGCGGGCGCGGUACACGCUGAGCUUGUAUGUGGAGGAUACCCUUGAUGGGAACGAUGGCAGUCUGGAGCAGAUCGAUUUUGUCACCAAAGGCUCCAACUUCUUUCUGGGGGCCACACCUGUUGUCUACAAUGUGUCGGCUGACGGGUGCGAUGUGGACACCAGGGUUGGGACUGUUGGGAGACUGUGGAUGUUCAUAGUCCCGGAGGGAUGCCACCACAAUCAAACCGCCACAUCGGCCAAGGCCUUGGACUGUCGGGUUGGGGUCGCGGGCUGUUACUAUAACGGGGAGGCGAUUGGUCCGGACCAGCCCUAUAGGGCCCUCAGGAACUGCUCAUUGAAUGUGAAUGAGAGCUUCUAUCUGGUGGUAUAUGUGAUUGACGGGACCAGUGGGGACGGUCUGGACGGUCAGCUGGCCGUUAUUGGUAUAACUGGUCAGGCUGUGGUCGCCAACACGACGGGGAAUUACUUCUAUGAGGGUAGCCCUUUCAUUGCUGCUACACCUGAUGGGGAUGUGGUCACCUUGGGCGCCAGGGUGGUCCGAUCGGGGUACGUGUGGGCUGUGAUAUGGGAUGGUCAGACCGUGGUCAGUCGUGAUACGAUCAUGACUGGUUCGGCUGCUGCUGGCGGAUCACAGUGUAGGAUUGAACGGUCUGGUAUAGUAGGCGAGGUGGAGAGGUCCUUUACUAUGAGAGACUGUGGUUUGGUCCAUGGUCAGCAGUAUAAGCUCUUGGUCUACGUCUCUGGGACCGUCGGUGACACACUGGGUGAAGUCGCUGAACCGUUGGUCUUCACGGUGGCACCGGGGACCAAUAACUACUUCAUAAGACUACCGCAAGUGAACGCUUCUAUGGACGCUGGUUUUAACUCGACCACGGUGCGUUUCUGGGCGGCUCGGUCGGGGUAUGCUUGGGCGAUGGUGGUCGCGACCCACAAGCUGCCAGUCCUCACAGCGUCGGGGACUAUGGCCUUUAGCGAGAGGAGCAACCCUUUGGCUGGGGCCCAAGCGGAUAACAACUGCACGCGGGGACCAGAGGCGGUGUACAAUGGUAGCUAUACGGUGUGGGAACUGCACAACUGCACUGCUGAAUUUGGUGGUCGAUACAGUGUGGUGGUCUAUUUGUCGGGGGAGGCCAAGGGGACAGCUGGCACAAUUGGGUGGUCCAACGACUUCACUGUUGACCGGUCCAACAUGUUCCAUGUCCGGCCUAAGCUGCUCAGACCGGCGGUCUCGGACGGGGUCUACGUCGAGUUCGCCUGUGUGGAAACGGGACGGUACUGGAUGCAGAUCGUGACCAAGACCAAUGCUAGCAGAAUGGGCCCACUGGGGAUGCGGUCCUGGGGGUCGGCGACUGGUCACGUCGGUAGCUGUAUGCGGUUCGACCAGAGCUGUACCUCGCUGGUGGUGGUAGAGGUGGUGUUGUCGGGUUGUGAUCUCCGCAGUGGUACUGAGUAUACGUUGUUGACCUAUAUAGAGGAAGGCACGCUGGACUUGGACGGCGAGAUGGACCGACUUGAUUUCUCGGUGGAGGUCGCCAACAGCUUUAUCGUUGGGCCACGGGUUGUUGGCAUCGCUACGUCGGACGGGUUUACCUUUGAAUUCACACCUGCGGCGGUUGGGAAGUAUUGGGCCUAUGUGGUCCACGAGACCAAUGCUAGUCGUGUUGACGCUGGGUCCAUCAGGGCCAGUCCUAAGGCGUAUGCGACCACGACAGCAGCAAGCUGUGAGGCUACCGCAGUGGCGAUUGGGACCACGGGUCAUUGGCCCAACCAUAUCACUUCGGUCACCUUCAGUGGUUGUGGGCUCGUCAGGACCACCCCGUAUUCACUCUUCGUGUAUGUCGACGACGACUCGGCUGCUGUUAGUGGUCAGCUGAGUGAAGCGGUACGAGUGUUCGUGGGCAAGUCAAUGACUUCACUAAGAGGCCACAGNNNNCCCCCGACCAUGACCGAGUCCUCGGCUAGAAUGGGCAAAGGGUCCUUGGGUGGUACCCAGUGUAAGAAGUCGGGAGUGUUGGUCACGAACACUGAGCAGACCAUGGUGCUCACUGACUGUCAACUGCACCAUAACGAGACCUUCUAUGUGUGGGUGUACGUUGAGGGGGAUUAUUACAACGCUGCACCGACCAUGCCUGAUGGUUCGCUGCAUUCGCCCUUGGUCUUGGUGGUCCCGCUGGACCCCACGGUCGUGGUCCAGGACACGAUGUUGCUGAAGUAUAGGGAUUACGAUGUGAAGGAAGGUUCGUCCUAUACGUAUACCAUUCGGGCCGAGAACACCAUUGGUGUUGGUCACCCAUCGCUCAUGUCUCAGCCCAUGCUGGCUGCGGGACCACCCAGUACGCCAUCGUCGCCUCUGUGUACCACGACCACACGGACCAUGGCCUUCUUGAGAUGGGCUGACCCUGAUGACCAGGGAGCGAUGAUACGGCGUUAUCUAUUGGAAUCACAGCGCGACAACGGCAAGUGGGAGACGGUCUAUUCGGGGACCAGUACGACGUAUAUUGCCUCGACGCUCACUACUACGGCUCAGUAUAGUUUUAGGCUUGCGGUCACCAACGACGCCGGAACGAGUGAGUCCGGCUCGGUGUUGGAGGGAUAUACGUCCGCACUGCUCAGCGGAGCUCUACGAAUUAGGGGAGAAGUGUUUAGAGACCAGUACGUGGUCCGCUGGGACGGCAUCGACUAUAGUAUUGCGGCGACUACGGCGUACACGGCUGGUGGUCUGACUGCGGAGUCGCGGCACACUGUGCAGGUGAGGGCGGUCACCAAGGGUGGUCUGUCGUCAUGGACCAACGAGGCGGCGGUGUGGGCUCAAACGCCGCCCUCGGCGGUGGUUGGUCUUAAUGUAUCGUACAGUAAUCGGACUGGUGUUGGUCUCACGUGGUCGGCUCCAUCCGGUGGGGGCAGUGUUAAGGUAUAUACUGUGUUCAUGGACGAUGGUCUUGGUGGGAGCGUGGACCGUGAGGUGGCCAGUCUUGGUCCAUCGGCGACCUCUGCUGACAUCGACCUUGGUGAUGGUGUGGUCGGUGGUAGGCGCUACUGCUUUGCUGUAACGGCUGAUAAUGAGGGCACGAUUGGUGACGGUGGUGGAGGAGUGGUAUUGGUUGAGGCCACGAUGACCACUAGUGAUACUGUAUGUGCGUAUGCCUCGGAAGGACCCUCGAGUCCGCAGAAUGUUCAGCUGAUCAGAAGCGCCACUGGGGAGAUGACGAUCCAGUGGUCCGUGCCGGCCGAUGAUGGUGGUCUGACCAUACUGCAGUACGAGGUUGAGGUCAAGGACCAUGCCCUGAGCUAUUGGGUUGUGAUCGGGACCACCAGCUCGACCACUCUGAGUGCCGUGUUCGACAGUUGCACCAUGGGGAAUCUUUAUUCCUUCAGAGUGCGUGCUGAGAAUCUCGUUGGGUGGUCGAAGUAUAGCGCGGUGGUCACGGGCUACUGUGCGCAGCCUCCUGGUGCUCCUGUGAAUUUGGAAAGGGUGAACUCCAGUAAGAAUCAUGUUGGUCUUGGAUGGGACUCCCCUGCUGAGACCAACGGUGCAUCGGUGGUCAGCUAUAAGGUGUACGCACGGUCCAGUCUUGGGACGGGAGCAGCUUUCGUGGUCCAUGAGGGGCCAGCAGGUGAGCGGUAUGUUGAGCAUAGUAGUGGUGUGGUAAUGGGAGCUGAGUAUACGUAUUGGGUGACAGCGAGCAAUGAGGCCGGCGAGGGUGCGGAGUCGAGCACGAUCACUGUGGCGGUCGCUGGACCACCGGGACCACCUGUGAAUAUUCAGGUGGCGUCGAGGUCGCUCACGAACAUAUCAUUUGUAUGGGACGCCCCGACUGAUGAUGGCGGUAGUCCGAUCACACACUACGAGCUGUACUAUGGUACCACGUCUGGUUCUGUCACGACUCGGGCGUGGCUGGGCAGUGGGACUGCCUCUGGCACCAUCUACCUUACUGCGGGUCCCCUGUACUACUUCCAGGUGACCGCUUGUAAUGUGGUGAGCCUAUAUUCGUCCAGCAACUGUACGCGAUCGUCUGUGGUGGCUGAGUACGUGGGCACUGUGGUUCCGGUGGUACCGUCCUUGGAACUGGUCAGCACCAGUGGCGACUCGAUCACGGUGCAGUGGUCUGAGGCUUCUGAUGAUGGUGGCAGUCCGGUGGUCACAUACCGUGUGUAUGUAGACGAUGGGUACGGCGGUGUUGUGUCGCGGUUGGUCUGUGAUGUUCUUGGUCCGCGACUGUGCAUAGCUGAUGGUCUCAGUGGUGGUAACGAGUACCGCUUUGAAAUGACGGUGGUGAACGCUAUAGGGGAGAGCCCUCGAGGUUCCACUACGGUCUUCAGGGCAUGUGAGCUGCCACCGGCCCCCGUUGGUCUCAGUAUCGCUCAGCGGGCCUCGGGUCAGCUGACCCUUGCAUGGGACGCGCCGUCAGUGGUGGUCAGCGCGUGCCCGAUUCUGGGGUACCAAAUUCUUGCGGCUGCGUCGGAGGCAUCUUUUUGGUGUGACGGUGCGGACUAUAACAUAGUUGGGGAAAUCGUUGGAGAUUUGAGGACCUUCGUCUACACUCCGGGUGAUACCGGUGGGUACUGUGUCAAGGUGAGAAGCACGAACUUACAGACACAGCAGACCGCGAAUACGUCAAUUGUGGGUGUGCCCACAUCGAUCAUCUGGGCGCGCGCGGCGAGCGUUCCCAGUGCUCCUGAUCCGGUCCAGUGGGUGAGCGGUAAUGGUACGUCAUUGGUGGUUCAGUGGUCUGCGAGCAGUUCUGAUGGUGGACUGCCGAUUUUGAACUACGAGUUGCAGCGAGACGAUGGGGCUGGUGGCUCGGUGUGGACCACUGUGGCGAGCGCUACUACGUUGAACUCGACCGUGGCUGGUCUCACGCCGGGACUACCGUAUGGCUUCCGAGUGAGAGGCGUUAACAACGUGAGCCUAACCAAUGCAUUGGAUGAUGUGGUCGACUGCUGUUGGUCACCGGUGGUCUACAUUUACGCUGCCUCGGCACCUCAGCAACCGUACAUGUUGGCUACUGAUAGCGGUGACAGAAUCGGUGACACGGCGGUCAGAGUUCGGUGGAUUUAUAACGCUACCAUAGCGGCGAUGGCGCCUAGUGGUGGUCUCCCUGUAACGGGGUAUAAGCUGUAUAGGUCAGCUGUUGGGGCUACGGUCCUGGACGUCCUGGUCUACGAUGGUACGGGUUCGACCACGACCGAGCUCGUGGUCACUGGGUUAACACCAUCGGGCACGUACAGGUUCGCGGCGACUGCGAUCAAUGCUGUAGGGGAGAGUGCCAAGGAGCAGUAUGUGGCGAUAACGUGUUGUGUCCCACCGAGUAGGAUGGAGAGGCCCAGCGUGGGCCCUCCGAACGGGAACGACAGCGCGGUCGAACUGAACUGGGUGGCCCCUGAGACUACGGGGGGUAUGGUCGUGAUGGAGUACCGUGUUUAUAGAGAUGACGGCAACCUUGGGGACAUCACCACGUUGGUCUACAGUGGUGGUACGGACCUCACUACAGUGGUCAGUAGUGGUCUUACUAUAGGAAAGUAUUAUAGAUUCGUGGUCGUGGCGGUCAACAGUGUUGGUCCAGGCGUGGUCUCACCAGUGUUGACGUACCAAGUGUGUGGUCCUCCAUCACCGCCUGGUAGCGUUAUAGCUUCCGAACUGACCGACACUACGGCGAGGAUCUCCUGGACUGCUGGUGCCACGACUGGAGGCAGCGGUUGUCUGUUGAACAGGUAUGAUGUGUUCCUACGGGAAGGCUCUGGUGGUCCAUUCACGAUGGUCGAGUCAGUGGGACCAAGCGUGCUCUCAUAUAUCCACACCGGUCUUGGUCCUGGCCACACUUACACUGUUAAAGUCAUCGCUUACAAUGGGAACUACGCCAGCUAUGCUCCAGAGGCGAACGUGACCUUCAUUACGGGAUCACCACCGACCGCCAUACUGACCGCUCCUACGUUCGUGAGCGGUCAGGUCUCGCCGACCCUGAGCCUGACCGUGGCCCAUGGCACUGCGGAGUCGCUGACGCUGCCGGUCCUGGAGUACCAAGUUCUCAUCAGACCAUGCAGUGUUGCGGGAAACGACACUUUCAUAUCGGCUCGUCUGGCUGGGUCGUUGACAUUGACGACCACCAACUACCCGCAGCUUACUACUGCAGUCGUGUAUUGCAUCAGGGCGCGCGCUUUUAACGUCAAUGGUUGGAGCGGUUACAGUCCUACUGUGAGGCUCAUGGUCUCGGACCUCCCUGGGGUACCGAUCACGUUGCAAUUCGUGGAGGGAACUGCUAGUAGUCUUGAAAUUGGAUGGACUCUGGUGGGGUCAGCGGCUGGUUCGGCGCCGGUGGUGGCUUUCGAGAUCGCGUAUGUGGACCUGACCGCGGAUCCAUUGACUGAGCUCAAGACUGUGGUCAGCGGCAGUGGUCGGUCGGCUGUGCUCGGUGGUCUUACUGCAGGUAACGUGUACCGAGUGAAGGUCCGGGCGUGUAACUUGAACGGUUGUGGUGGUUACAGCUCGUACGCGGACCUGGUCUGUGGUGGUCUGCCUGAUGCACCAUCGGGACCAACACUGAGCAGUUCUACUGAUGGUAGCGUUACUGUGGCCUGGACUUUCCCUGGAAGUAAUGGUGGAGUACCAAUACAGAAGUUCAUCAUCUACAAGUCGGCCGACAGCGGUAGCUCGUAUGGUCUGGAUUCGUCCGUGUCAGCGAGUACAUUGACGCAGACGGUCAGUUGUAGUGUUGGUGGUUAUAUAAUGGUCAAAGUAGCAGCGAGCAAUGGUGUUGGUGGGGUGUAUGGUUCGGAACCACUGGGACCGUACUCGACAGCACUUGGAACGUAUUGUGCGGCCAGACCGGAUGCACCGGUGAAUGGUCCUAACGUAACGGCUAGUAGUGGUCUGUUGACGGUCUACCUACCGUCACCGACCUCGGCUCAGCUCCAUGGUGUUGGGCACACUGGUUGGACAGUGUAUGUUGAUGAUCUUGAUGAUGAUGAUGCUGAGUUCACUACCUUCAGAGUGUAUGACAAUAGCACGGCGUGGCUGAGAACGUCAACUGGGGUGGUAGUUGGUCACAGCUAUAGGGCCUAUGUGGAGGUGUGCAGUGUGGUCGGGUGUUCUGAGGGCAGUCCGGUCUCGGAGGCUGUCACUGCUGCUGAUCCUCCGUCGGCCCCCACGAACGUUCAUGCGACCAACACUACCAAUACGGCGAUUAGUAUCGAGUGGGACCACGAUGGUCUUGACGGCGGUAGUUAUAUAACGGCGUGGCUGAUCUAUACUAGUACUGAUGGCAGCAACUUGAACCACUCGGCGACCAUCGAUAGUAUGGCCAGUAGCUGUUCAUUGCAGUGGACCACCGCGAACGCCGCCCGUAGCUCCGUAUUUGGUGAGCACAUCGGCAAGGUUUGUGUAGACGUUGACAGUACGGUGCAGACUACUCAUCAGUUUGGCUCAUUGGAAGCUGGUCUGACGUAUUUGCUGGCGUAUAGGUUGAGGACCGUUUCGGAUAGACGACAAUGGAUCGUAAGCUCUGAGGACGGACAGGACAAUCGGGUCAAGAGUGAAUCGGCCCGAAGUGAUGUGAUCACGACACGCUGCUGUGACAGGCCGGAUGCGCCGUCACCACCACAGAGAAUCCGACGGAGUUCGACCUCUAUCACGAUCAGCUACUCGAUCACUACAGCUGGACUACACUCCUGUGGUCUGAUCGGGUGGAAUGUGUACGUAGACAACGGCGCUGGUGGGCCUUUCACGAUGCACUACAUCGAUGAUGGCAGUCAACUCGAGUUCACCGCCACUGGCCUGAGUGGUGGUGCCUUCUAUCUAUUCAAGGUGCAGGCCGUAUCGGAAUCGGGAGCUGGGACUGCGUCCAAUGUGGUGAACAUAUCGGCAGCAGACCCCCCUGGUUCACCUGUGCUCGGACGUGCCGGACGCUCCAUUGAGUGGUCCGACAGUGGACAGGCAGUACUCGUCGAGAACGGCAAUGCUGUUGCAGUUGAUUACGAUGAUGGGCUGAAUGGGCUGUACACGACGGUGAGAGUAGCAUCAGCGACGGCGCGGUCACUGACGAUAUCAGGGCUAACUGCGGGUCGAACGUACAGGACUCGGUAUAGGGUGGUCAGCGAGGUCGGCAUGAGUUUGAGUUCACCUGUAGCAAGUCACCUGGCCGCAGCAAUGCCCUCAGCCCCGAGUGCUCCGGUCUAUUACAACUACACUGUGGCUGGUACGACUAUGACGGUUGGUUGGUCGUGGACGGGCGACAAUGGUGGUAGCGCGAUAAUAGGAUGGCACGUUUCUACUGGUAUUACUCCGGACAACAUGGGGUACCCUUUGGCGGUGCCGGCGUACUCGCAGUACUUCUCAUUCGACUGUAUGUUUGUGCGAGAUGCCGCGAAUAACACUUAUAAUCUUCAUAAUAAUUACUCUUAUGUGAAGGUGGCCGCGUUGAAUGCAGGAGGACCAGGGCAGUAUUCACCUGUGAGCCGACUGUGGUGCUCAGAGAGACCAAAGGCCCCGGUGGUAGAGGUUGACGAGGAUGCCACUGGUGACACUAGUGUUGGUAUAAAAUGGACUGUACCCAACGGCACUUUGACCUUUGGGGCUCCGCUGAAGUCGUUUGUCAUCUUCAUGGGAUCGAGCAACCUGAGUCUGGGUCUGCACGAGGAGGUUCUGGACACGGCUGUUACGACGUAUAGGGUCACGAGUGGUAUUGUGGCUGGUCGGGCGUACUACUUCCAAGUUGCUAUAAAGAGUGCUGCAGCGGAGGGGAACAGGAGUGAGAUGGUGGAGGUUCGAGCAUGCAAAGAAAUGGAGCUGCCUGAUCCCCCAUUCCGGGCUGACGGCAAUGCUACUCACAAUUUGAUAGGGUGGUUGUCUCCGGUGUCCUACUACUUGAGGGUCUACAGCACGAAGGGCUAUCGGGACUCUGCUACGGUCACUCUGGCUUGUGCGAGUGUUCCUGCCAAGAUGGCCCUUCCCAGUCAGUCUGCUGGUUUGUCGACUUCCAACACUACUAUUGGGCUCAACUGGACGGAGCCGGCCAUGAACAAUGGCACGGUGGUGGGCUAUAGGGUGUAUCGUGAUGAUGGUCCGAGCACUGCUAUUGACCUGCUCACGCCGGACACCACAUGUGGUCGGGAACUUAUUCCAUUUCCGACCUACUGCACGAUCAGUGGUCUUAGUACUGGCACUGACUACCAGAUUCGUAUAGCGGCUGUGAACACCAUAGGGGCGGGACCGCUCAGCGACGUCGUCACUUUUACGGCGGGCAGCGCUCCUGGAGUGCCGAGUCGUCCUGUGAACACGUUCGCUUGCAACAGUAGCAUGCUACGGUAUCAGUGGACAGCCCCGGUCAGCAAUGGUAUACCUCUAUUGAGAUAUCGCUUCAAGCUGUGGGAGAUCGGCGGUGGGAUGGCCAACACGUGGAUGGGGAGUGUUGGGAGCCCGCCUCCUCCUGAUGUGAAUAUCACUAUUGCGGAGGUGCCCAGUCUGGCUCCUAGGAAGCAGUACCAACUGUGUGUCAUGGCAGAGAACUCCCUCGGUUGGGCGUCGGAGUGUAGUGAGUUGUCCAAGUCAUUUAUAUCGGACUAUGAGGACCAUCUGGACCUGCCCGGCUGGACCCUCGACCGCCCCUCUUAUGGAGUGACCGCUAGUAUCUGGCGCAACGACACUGAUUGGCCACGAGCUGGUAGUGUGAAGUUGCGAUGGAGUGAAGUGUUUGAUACUGGUGGAGAUGACCUGGCGAACAUAGAGUAUCAGUUACAGGGUGGUGCCAACGCGGCUUCCUAUGAGGUCUUAUAUAAUGGGACGGAGCCGUGGGUCCAGGUCAACUUGACCAGUGGUCUCACAUGGCUCUUCCGAGCUCGAGCGCGCAAUCGCCGUCAGGACUGGUCUGAAUUUGGCGCGGUGUUUUUGGCAACUAGUUGUGACCUGCCGUCCGCUCCCACCAACUUUAAUAUAACGAUCUGCUGUGAAUCAGGUGGGAACCUUCAUCGUGGCAAGUUGGUCUUCACCUAUGAGUGGUGGAGGUGCUUUUAUUACUGGGUAUAA